GGGCGGGGGUGGGCGCCGGCAAGGGGCGGGCGCGCGCGGAGGUGAGAGCCGGCACCUGGCUCAGCGCCCCGCUGUUCGGCGGGAGGCUCCGCGCGGCUGUUGGGGCCGUUGCAGGGUGCGGGCGAGCGUCGACCCGGGCCGCUCUUGGAGGAGGAGGUGGGAGAAUAUGAUUGCUGCUAUUCCUGUGUGUACAUUGGAAGAAUUUGAAACUGAUACACUGUUUCUAAAUUGCCAUGCUCUUGAUUCAUACCCUGAAUCACCUUUCUCCUUCUCUGAGCUGUUACCAAUCAAGAUUACGUUGAAAGCCCUUCUAAAUUGCAGCAUGGCCAAAGUGUUGACUUGUCUAUCAUACUAAAACAGCAGCAAACCUUACACUAAUACAUCCUUGAACUUGGACAUUCAUUCAGCAAUCUUGACUGGGCUCCAACCUUGGGUCAUCUAGUUCGACUUCAUAAUUGAAACCCAAAGAAAUUAUGACCGGUUCAAGGUUUCUCAGUACAUAACAGAAGUGUUGCUGAGAACCGUGGCCUCUGAUGCUACUUAGUCCAGCGCUCUCUCAGUACCCUGUGCAGCUUCCCUGAAGUGACAGCGCCCUGGAAAACUAACAGUUUAAUUGGCAGCCAAGUCCAAAACAGAUGAGGAAAGUGAGGCCCAAAGAAGAUUUAUGUUCAGGACCAUUUAGUCUGAGAUGCCUACAUAGAAGAGUGACAGCAGCUGGACUAAAUGUUUAACUGCUGAACUAGUUCCUCAGGUAUCCUGGCUCUAGAGAUUGCUAUGGGAGAUUGGAUGACUGUUACAGAUCCAGGUCUGUCUUCAGAAAGCAAAACUAUCUCUCAAUAUACCUCAGAAACAAAGAUGUCUCCAUCAAGUUUAUACUCACAGCAAGUGCUAUGUUCUUCAAUACCUUUAUCGAAAAAUGUGCACAGUUUUUUCAGUGCCUUCUGCACAGAAGAUAAUAUUGAACAGAGUAUCUCAUAUCUUGAUCAGGAAUUGACUACUUUUGGUUUUCCUUCAUUAUAUGAAGAAUCCAAAGGUAAAGAGACAAAGAGAGAGUUAAAUAUAGUAGCUGUACUAAAUUGUAUGAAUGAGCUGCUUGUGCUUCAGCGGAAGAACCUUCUAGCUCAGGAAAAUGUGGAGACACAGAAUUUGAAGCUGGGAAGUGAUAUGGACCAUCUACAGAGCUGCUACUCAAAACUUAAGGAACAACUGGAAACCUCCAGGAGGGAAAUGAUUGGGCUUCAGGAAAGAGACAGACAGUUACAAUGUAAGAACAGGAAUUUGCAUCAGCUACUAAAGAAUGAGAAAGAUGAGGUGCAAAAAUUACAAAAUAUCAUUGCAAGUCGAGCUACUCAGUAUAAUCAUGAUAUGAAGAGAAAAGAGCGUGAAUAUAAUAAACUGAAGGAACGUCUACAUCAACUUGUUAUGAACAAGAAAGAUAAGAAAAUAGCUAUGGACAUUUUGAAUUAUGUCGGGAGAGCUGAUGGAAAAAGAGGCUCCUGGAGGACUGGUAAAACUGAAGCCAGGAAUGAAGAUGAAAUGUAUAAAAUUCUCUUGAAUGAUUAUGAAUAUCGUCAGAAACAAAUCCUAAUGGAAAAUGCAGAACUUAAGAAGGUUCUUCAACAAAUGAAAAAGGAAAUGAUUUCUCUUCUUUCUCCCCAAAAGAAGAAACCUAGAGAAAGAGUAGAUGAUAGUACAGGAACUGUUAUUUCUGAUGUUGAAGAAGAUGCCGGGGAACUAAGCAGAGAGAGUAUGUGGGACCUUUCCUGUGAAACUGUGAGAGAGCAGCUUACAAACAGCAUCAGAAAACAGUGGAGAAUUUUGAAAAGUCAUGUAGAAAAACUUGAUAACCAAGUUUCAAAGGUACACCUGGAAGGUUUUAAUGAUGAAGAUGUAAUCUCACGACAAGACCAUGAACAAGAAACUGAAAAACUCGAGUUAGAAAUUCAGCAGUGUAAAGAAAUGAUUAAAACUCAGCAACAACUUUUACAGCAGCAGCUCGCUACUGCAUGUGAUGAUGAUACCACUUCACUAUUACGAGACUGUUAUUUGUUGGAAGAAAAGGAACGUCUCAAAGAAGAAUGGUCCCUUUUUAAAGAGCAGAAAAAGAAUUUUGAGAGGGAGAGACGAAGCUUUACAGAAGCCGCUAUUCGCCUGGGAUUGGAGAGAAAGGCAUUUGAAGAAGAAAGAGCCAGUUGGUUAAAGCAGCAGUUUUUAAAUAUGACUACCUUUGACCACCAGAACUCAGAAAAUGUGAAACUUUUCAGUGCCUUCUCAGGAAGUUCUGAUUGGGACAAUCUUAUAGUGCACUCGAGGCAGCCGCAAAAGAAGCCUCACAGUGUGUCUAAUGGGUCUCCAGUUUGCAUGUCUAAACUUACUAAAUCUCUUCCUGCUUCACCUUCCACUUCAGACUUUUGCCAGACACGUUCCUGCAUGUCUGAACAUAGUUCAAUCAAUGUACUGAAUAUAACUGCUGAAGAAAUUAAACCAAAUCAGGUUGGAGGAGAAUGUACAAAUCAAAAAUGGAGUGUGGCGUCAAGACCUGGAUCACAGGAAGGUUGCUAUAGUGGAUGCUCCUUGAGCUACACAAAUUCUCAUGUAGAAAAAGAUGACUUACCUUAGACAUGUGGACUGGAAUUUUUUUCAUUAAUGUGUUCAUCAAGUUUCACAUCUAAGUUGAAACAGGGUGUGUCAUAAAGUCAGUUAUCUCUAAUAACUUAAGAUGGUCUGAGUUGUUUGUUUGGACUUCCCUGUCUUCCCCCAAAGAGUUGAAAUCUUAAAUCUAUUUAAAAGGAUAUAAAAGCUUUGGAUAUGUAUUUUUAGUAACAGAAGCAUCUGGUUCUGUGAAUAAAGGAAUGUAUAGUUGUUUGGAUGGAAACAAAAGCACUAGAAUGAGUUUCCUCUUAUAGGUAUUAAAAAUAGCACUUUUAGGAAACUGAUUAUUGUAAAUGUUUAAUUUUGUCUCAAAUAUAGUUGGCAUUGGAAGUUUAGCCUUUACUUGAAUGUAUACUGUAGAUUUUUAACAAAGCGAGUUCUAUAUUUAUUAUGUUUAGUGUGGUUUGAAAUUACCUCUUUCAUAUGUUUUAAAUAAAGUGAAAUUUAUGUAUGUUUUGUACAUAGAUACACAUGAUUAUGUUAAGAGGCUUUAAGAUUUAAAAGUUUCACACAACCAUAAGUAUAGUAUUUCAUGCCAGUAAAAAUUUUUUAGUGGUAUUCUGUUUACAGAUGUAUUAGGACCAUUGAUGCAUUACAUUUAAGAAUUCUCUUUAAUACAUCUGGGCAAUAAAUAUUGAAAGGUAUUCCAUAAAGCUGAAUUCUUUAGAUAAUCUACACUACUAACAUUACAUUUUUGAGAUUUUUAUGACAUUAGAUUUUUAUUUUGUAUAUGUAGAAUAUUAUAAUUUUUAAAAGGACUAUUGAUGAUAGAAGAAUAGGGGCAAGACAACAAAAGUACCUUUGAAUAAAACAAUUUAAGAAAUUGGUUUAAGAUAUUGGAUGAUAGAAGAUAUUUAAAAUAUCUAGAUGGUGAUAUUUUCCUUACGAGAUGGGUACCAGUAUAGUAAUAUCUGUAUACUAACUAGGGCUUUGUAUUGUCAAUAAUUUUUUAAUAAUUUUUUAAUGAGGUAUUUACCACUGAAGAAAUACGAUAAUGUAAAACCAUCAAAUUUUAUAAUUGAGAUGAUACUCUGGAAAAACAUGUCAUUUCAUUUUCAGAAAACUCUUAGGCUCUCUUCAGUCUCUGUAAUGUUUCUGAUUGCAUGUUUCUUCAUGAAAAGUAUGUUGUUGUUUUGAUAGUAAUAAUAAUAAAUGUAGGCUCAGCUCUUUCCCAGGAUUUUCAUCAAAAAGCUUUAAGUGCCUAACCCUGCUUGUCUCUGUACAUAGAAGCCUGCACAGAUCCAACCCUUGCUAGGUAUCAUAGUUUAGGCCCAUUUACCUUCCCCUGUACUGGCAGUUCAGCCACUUACAUGCACUCACCCUGUUUGUGGCUAUUUUAAAUUCAUAUUAUUAAAAAACAAAAAAAACGCACCUAUUUGUGUUGUCCAUUCACUAUACGUAACUAUGUAACUCUUUGGAGUUGCAUAGCAGCAGCCAUUUUUUCAGGGCUGAUAGGAUAUCAUUAAGAGUAUCUUAUGAGACAUUAGUGGAUAUACUCAUAGUAACCAUAUUUAUAGUUUUAAAGAGCUAGCUCUUGAGCAUUAGUCACUCACUACCUUCAGCUUGAUGCAUGGUCACUUCUUUACUAUUUAAAAUACUACACGUUGUACAAAAUAUCGAAGACACUACCAUAUGCUAAAGGAAGAAAUCUAGCUGGGAUAUAGGAUUUUUGUUGUUUUUGUUUGUUUUGCUAUUUAGCAAUAACAUGGUCAAAAAGGCAAUCAGAAAUUUUAAAUACAGUUAAUGGAUUUGGCAACGAUUUUCCCCUGAGGGUUUUCCAUGGUGUACUUUGCAAGAAAUAAGCACUCUUAAUUUUUAAAGUAAAUCUCUUCUUUUAGCAAAUCUUAUAUUUCAUGACAAUGGAGUUCUAGAAAGCAGCAUCUGUUUUUUGUUGCGUGUUUCCAUUUUAAAGUGAGUUGAGUUCUCAAAUUGGAAAGAAAGAUUCCUUGAGACUUACUUUUAAAAUCUAAAGUGUGAAAGAAACAGCAGAGUAAAAGCCAGACUCAUUGCACCUUCAAUGUCUGCGUAGAUCCAGAAGUUGUACAUUUUACCUAACAACAUCACUUUUGUUGAACAUUCCAACUCCAGAAUGAUCCCCAAUCACCCUAAUCUCAGAAUGUUGGAAUGAUGUCUGUUGGAAAACCCAGGACUCCACACACAAAACUCCUGGGAUUUUGUUUCCCAUCUCUUUCUAGGUGUUUGCAAUGUACAAAUAAUACAGCUGUGCUAAUCUCACAUUUAGCCAUGAUAGAUGAUGGUUCUAGAGUGUACUUCCAUUUGUAAGUCCUCCUGAUAAUCUUAAGUGCUUUCUUGUUUAUCACUAUGUAAAUUUGCAAUAUUUUGUACUUCAUUUGUUUUUAUCCAUUCUGAAUUUUCAAAGCAUAAAAAUGUCAAAGAAAAAUUGAGAUAAACAUUUUGUUCACUAUUAAAUGUUUGCAUCUGCAGUCUAUGAUGAGAAACAAUGAUAUUAAAUUAUGACUAAAAUUUAACAAAUAGUAUUUUCUUAUAGAAGCAAUGUAUUAAGUGAUUAGAUACACAGGACAGUUCACAGCAAAUUGUUUACUUACAUGGCAUAAUUGAAAUACUGUUAUUUGUAAAGAGUUCUAUACUGCCUACCUUAGCUAACCAGAAUUGUUCAUAGACUUGUGAUAAUAUGGUGUUAUGGGAAAACACAUUUUGUGCGCAUGAUGAAGAGAGCACCGUGAAUCUAGUCUUGACUGCCCCUGGUGGAACAUUUGAAAGCCCUUGGGACUCCAGGAGAGAUGUUUUUGCAGCAUGUAUGCUAAAUUUGUGAGUUAGCAAGACCCUGCUGUGAUUACUAUGUUGUACAAAUCUUCAAAGUAUAUUGCCUAAUAUGAGUCAUGUCAUUUCUAGAUUGGAUUUAAAGUAAGUAUGGAUUAUGGAAGUCUAGUAAAUAUACUUUUCCCUA